AUGCUCAGAUCGUGGCUGCUUCUGCUCUACGCCACCCUUACCUGCAUUUUGACAUCGGAUGCUUCCCCUGUGACAUCAUCGACAUAUCCAAUCUUAUCCAAAGGAAAUGUCGGCAACUGUACGGAUCUCAGACAAAACCUCACGCAGACAUGCUGGGAGGAGCUGGGAAUGGCAACUUUUUUGACUGAUUGGUGGCAAACCAAUCAAGCAGCAUGUAGCGGUGCAAACACCAGUUUCGUGUCAUGCUAUCAGCAGUCAGUCGGAGUGGAAGAACAGCAGUGCGACUCCACGGGACCGAACAUGUGCGACUAUCCCGAAAACUUCACUGGGUACACCCCGCAACAAGCUUAUACCCUCUACACGAUCUUCGCUAUAUGGCAAUGGUUCGAAUCCAUCUACGAAGCGAUCGAGAACGCAGAUCUGUCUGCCAGCGGCCCCGUGGGCAAGAUUGUCAAAACCAUCAACCCGGAAGUGCAGCAGGAACAAUCUCUCGGGGACUUCCUGCAAGCACUGACAGCUUUCGCGCCUUUGCUUACCCUGCCCGCCGAACUUGGGAAGGUUGUUACAUCCGUCACCGAGACAGCCAUGCGGCAAUCGCCGGGGUUACUCAAACAGCUCAAUCCCACAGGGACGCUUGACUCGGAGGUAGUCCAAAUCAGCAACAUCUACGACGGUCUCAGCACCAUCAAGACGACAUACCAGCAGAAUAUCUCCAACGCGCUCGCUCUGGUCCAACAAGACUUUACAAGCUUCAAUCUCUUCGCAGCCAAUGGUUCUUUCAUCGCACCCCGCGCUUCCUUGGAAGCCGAAACCACAAACCUGACAAAGGCCCUCGAAACGUACAUUGUGUCGUCCUGUUUGACGGCGAGCAACAUCAUCAUCACUCUGGCGCGGGAGACGAACCCGCAGGAGCUGGCCAGCAACGGGUCCAUGACCACCACGGACCUCAUCCAAUGUGGCUCAUACGACCAAUACGGCGUCUGCAGCGCCUGGUGGUACGACCCGGACACCAACGCAGCCUUCGGCUUGUCAUCUCUCCGCAACAUGGAGAUCAACUACUACGAUCUGAUGGAAACCCUCUUCUCGAACGGCUGGACCACGGGCGCCGAUUUGUUCCUCGGCGCCAAAGCCUGCGCCGAUUACGUGGCCGUGUACGGAGGCGCGAACGAUCCGACCUUGGACCCGGUCACCUUGGUCCCGCGAUGCAUCAGUAAUGUGCAGGUCUGCGUCUGGGACCAGUCGUGCGCACCGCUGGACAAGGAUUGCGCAUUUACCGGUGAGUAUGGGUGGAACUUGUGCAAGCCACAGUAUGGCUAUGAGGCAGACGACUGCGGAGGGAAUGGGAUUCCAAGUGAGGACGUGCCCGCGGCGUACUUGGGGCCUUUGACCACGACAACGGCCGAAGAGGGAGGCUCUGAUCUGAUUGUUUGUCAUGGAAACACUUGA